UAUUUCAUUUCCGGUUGAAUUGUACGCAUGCGCAAUUGUAUUACACUUUUCGAGACAAAAUACUUGUGUGCUUCAAAAAUAAGACGGAUUUCCUCAACAUUCUCUGCUUUGAAUUAGAAUUUUUCAUUAUCUAAUCGGAAAGGAUGGCAGUGCACUGGUGAUUAUUGUAGUUGUUAGUGAAAGUAUCAAAGAUAUAUACAACCAUGGUGUUGUCACAGAGGCAGAAAGAUGAAUUGAAUAAAGCCAUAGCUGAUUACCUUAGCUCCAAUGGCUAUGUUAGUGCACUCACACAAUUUCAGAAAGAGGCUUCUAUGCCAAUGGAAAUAGACAAGAAAUACUCUGGUAUCUUAGAGAAAAAAUGGACAUCAGUCAUAAGGUUACAGAAAAAGGUCAUGGACCUAGAAGCCAAACUUUCGGAAGCAGAGAAAGAAUUUAACCAGGGUGGCCCGACCCGUGAUAAAAGAGAUCCGUCAGAAUGGAUUCCUCGACCCCCAGAACGUUAUUCCCUCAGCGGCCAUAGAAGCCCAGUAACGAGGGUAAUAUUUCAUCCCACCUUCAGUGUUAUGGUGUCUGCCAGUGAAGAUGCAACAAUUAGAGUAUGGGAUUAUGAAACUGGGGACUACGAGAGAACUUUAAAAGGUCACACAGACUCUGUACAAGAUGUUUCGUUUGACCACACUGGAAAAUACUUAGUAUCGUGUUCAGCUGAUAUGACAAUAAAAUUAUGGGAUUUUCAAGGUUUUGAAUGUGUCAAGACAAUGUAUGGACACGAUCACAAUGUUUCUAGUGUAUCCUUCAUGCCAAGCGGAGAUUUUAUUGUAUCUGCCUCCAGAGAUAAAACCAUAAAAAUGUGGGAGGUAGCCACAGGGUAUUGUGUAAAAACAUUCACCGGGCACCGUGAGUGGGUGCGAAUGGUGCGUGUGAACCAGGAUGGUUCACUAUUAGCUAGUUGUUCUAAUGACCAAACACUACGCGUGUGGGUAGUGGCCACUAAAGACUGUAAAGCUGAGUUACGUGAGCAUGAACAUGUCGUAGAAUGUCUUGCUUGGGCACCAGAGGGCGCUUGUCCAGCCAUAAAUGAAGCGGCUGGUAUUGAUAACAAGAAAGGACGAAGUGGACCAUUCUUGGUAUCUGGUUCCCGGGACAAGACAAUCAAAAUGUGGGACAUCAGUACUGGACUAUGUCUGUUCACACUUGUUGGUCAUGAUAAUUGGGUACGAGGACUGGUGUUUCACCCUGGAGGGAAAUUCAUAAUCAGUGCUUCAGAUGAUAAAACUAUACGAGUAUGGGACAUUAAAAAUAGAAGAAACCAGAAAACGUUAGAUGCACACCAACACUUUGUUACAUCUCUAGACAUGCAUCGGAACUCGCCGUAUGUGAUAAGUGGAAGUGUAGAUCAAACGGUCAAAGUUUGGGAAUGUCGCUAACACCAGUAAACAUAAACAAAAACACUGUAGACACUGUUAUACAUAUACAGGCUUCCUGUCUAGAUAAAAACAGACAAGUUGUGUUAAAUUUGAAACUUGCUGUCCAUCAACGGCUAUACAUGUAUAUUUAAUCUAGAGGGUUUGAAAAAUAAACAACAGACAACAGACAUGGCAUAUAAAACCAAGACUCAUUGUGAUAAAUUCCUGAUAACCUGUAUGUGUACAAAAGAUGUCCUGGAUUCAAGAAUUACCAGUCGCCCAAAGUUAUUCAAAAAAUAAAAAAAGGAAUGGAGAUUUUUUUAAACCGUUGGCAAGAAAAUGCCAAGGAAUGGUCGGACGAUUUUUGGGACUGUAUAUGUCGGAGGAAAGCAUUUUUCGUGCAUGCUAACUCUUACAUGAUCUUAAAAGCUUUGUAGCUAAUUGUUAAAGUGCUGAUAUUAGUAGAGAUACCCAUUACUGUGGAAUUACUUUAUUACGUUCCCAGCUUCAGUUUUUAGAGUUAUUUUUGCUUGCCAACACGAGGCUCGAUGUGUUUUAUUAGUGUUUUUCUCUCUCUCUCUCUCUCUCUCUCAAGUGUGUGCUAUUGACGUUACGAAUGUUUGUGAUUUUAGGUAAAUGGCAGUCAUUCCUGUACACAUCAUGCUUCAUCAUUUUUGUUUUUGUGUGUUCUAGAUGUUUUUAUGAUGUAAGUUUUAGGCAGAUAACCAGUAAUUUCUUGGAAAUUGAUCGCUUUAUUGAUUGAUGAUAGCUCAUUUAAAUGAGAUAUGGUGGUGAUGAUGAGUAAACCCUUAAACUUUACUGUAUCUUACAAAUUAAUUGAUUAUUAUUUUAAGCAAUUGAUUAAUAUGAAGUCAUAUAGUAAAAUAAAGCUUUUGAUUUUUUUUCAUGAAAAAAGCAAUUAAUGUUAAGCAAUUGAUUAAUAUAAAGUCAUGAAGAAUAUAAAACAUUAAAUUAUUAUGUGAAUAAGAGAAUUGAUUGAACUUAAGGUGAAGUGAAGUCAUUAAGUAUUGUAAAGCAAUUGAUUAUUCAUAAAGAAGCAAUUGAUGAAUUAAUGUAAAGCAAUUGAUGAAUCAAUGUAAAGCAAUUUAUGAAUUAAUGUAAAUUAUUCAGUGAAUUAAUGUGGAGAAUUUAUAAAUUAAUAGAAAGCAUUUGAUAUAUUCAUGUAAAGCAAUUGGUGAAUUAAUGUAAAGAGAUAAAUAUGGAGUGAGGAAAUGAAAUGAUCAAUGUAAACUUUGCUGCAUUUAAGUUAUUUUCAAGUACACAAAUUAAGUCUGAAGUAAAUCAUUUUUGUUUACUACUGCCAAAGAAUUGGCAGUUUGUUUACUUGACUUUGUUAUUAGGUAUAUGCUUGUUUUUGAUUUAAAAAUAGAAUUACAGGAAGAAAUGGUUUAAAGUAAGUUACAGAUAUAUUUCCAGUUUUAAGAAAUAUUACCAUUUUGUGAUUAUUCAGCAGAAAUUUUUUGUAGAAUGUCUUUCUGAAAGGUAUAUAUAAAUAUGUAUAUAGUGCCAAUAUGAAUCUUGCGUUUAAGUGCUCCUUAAUUUAUUUUCUCGAAUGUUUUGAAGUAAUAUGUGACAUACAGGGUACAUAUGAAUUACUAUGCUACAUGAUAAGAUGUCAUUCAACACUGGAUAUUGACUGUAGGUGUCUUUGUGUAAGUUAUAUUGGUCGAAAAAAAGAAAUAAAGUCUUGUUAGUUUGAUUGAUGCACCUUGGAAGGUUUAGUUCGGAAGAUUUUGUUAGAGAAAUCUGUGGCUUCUUGACAGCAAAGAACUUUGAUGCUGACCAGGGCAUUCCGAUCUGUCCAUUCUAGUAUAGGUCAUUUGCUGUCAGUUAGCUUGAUUAAAUGUUGAUAAUAUUAAUUGAUUAUACUGAGCACUUAAUUGAAUGUUAAUUGAUUGAGGUACCUGUUCUGGUGACUUGAUUAUUCACAGAAUUGAAAAUUUGAGAUGAAAGCUUCAAUGUAUGUCAUAUGUAUGUCAGUAUUAUGUAAUGUAUUAAGAGUCUUUUUUUAGAAUGACAUUCCUUUGAUUUUCUGACCUUUGAACUUUUAUGUCAAUCUCCACCAAGUGUUUUUUUUAAAUUAAUGGGUUAUCAAAUGUCUGAAUAAAUUACCAAGGAUGAGCUGAAUGUAUUAAAUCUGGGCUCAAGGUUAUAAAACGUUUUUUUCUGAGUUCUGUCUCAAAUCUCAGGGUUUUCAUUGGACAGUGUACUUUCUGUGGCAAUUUCUGACCAAUCAAGUGCCUGAGAUCUGAGGUUGAGCUUUGAGAAUUUCUUUAUAACCUCGGACCUUUGUCACAUCAUUUUGAAAUAGUUUGUCACUGUGAUAUCGUUUCAUCAUUUCAUAAUAGCAACUCCCUUAUACCGUUAUCUUUGCAUAAAUGGGGGAAAAAUUGUGGGUGGGGUAAAGAAAAAUACAACUUAUAAAUAAAUAGUUAUUGAAGUAUUAGAUGGUUAGUCAACGUGUCAAGAGGUUGCAGGUCAAUUGAUUUUAGAGAUUUCUUUCAUAUUUUUUUACGAGAGAGUACUACUAGUGUAAACAUACAAUAAAAAAUACCUCUUGUAUAGAACUGGUAAUGUACAAAUAGUGUGUACAAUACGAAGCUAUUGUAUUUAUUUCUAGUCCCCGACUUUUCAACCUUUGGGUCAUAGGUUGUAUUUAAAUCUAGGUCCUGACUUUCAACUCUUGGGUCAUGGGUUUCAACCUGUAGUGAUUGUUAAGACAGUAUCCUCAGAAAUAGUUAGUGUUAUUGCGGGGAAAGGAACUUCUAAGUGGAUCAAUACACAUAGUUUUCAUCACAAUAUUAAGUUAAAAGCUGUCAUGAUUAAAGUUUAAAGUGAUAAUUGUGUCAAGUAAGUAGUUUUGAAGUAGACGGAAGAAUCUCGUCACAUAACUUUUGAAUGACUUUAGUGGUUCAGUGCAAUGGGGAACUGUCUCGAUUGUUUUUAAGUGGUUAUUUACAAAUAAAUCUGUUUAUAUAUUUACUGUUAUUAAUGAGAUGGUGUGUUGCAUGUACUACUUUUUUUGUACUGCUGUAAUUUCUAUGAAGUAAAUCGAAUCCAUACCUAUAUAGCUAACCAUACUGCUUAAACUUACAUUUACAAAGGGAGAUGAAUAUUUGUGUGCUUGACUUAAGGUCUCUGAUUCUACUCCCAAGCCUUCUUGGCGGAAUAAUGCACAAAAGGGCGCCUUUUAAUAUAAGUAUCUUUAUUUUUUUCUCCAGAAUUUUAAGCUUUCUCGGAAAUUUGAUCAUACAAGACAAGUGAAGAAAUAUUUUAUUGGUUAAACCGAGGUAACUAAUCUAACAGGUUUGUUUAGAUAAUGUGUCAUAUAAGUUAUUUAUUUUUGGAGAUUAGCACUAUAACUUUAAAGAUUGCAGCUUAAGUGAGUUGCAUUAUGGGUAAAUUAUCAUUUUCAUGACAUAACAUUGUGUGAAUGAGUUAUAGAUAGAUCUCUGUUUUGAAACUGUGUGACAUUGUGAAGUGUAUAAACAUGGAUGAUGAUGAUAUAAAAUGAUAUAUUAAUUUGAACCAUUGUAUGAAUAUAUAAUAUAUGAUUUUAUAUUAUGGUAUCCUUUCAGAUAUAUUGUGUAGUUGUUUUUGCAAUGUGACACGGCUUUAUUUCAGAAAGCGAAUGGAUGUCGAUGAAUUUUUGUGGAAAUGUGGUGCGACUUUUCCUAGACAUUCUAGUAUACAUGUUUUUAUUAUUAUUAUAUAUUGUUGCCGGGUGUGUUUUUAAUAAUGUAAUUAUUAUAUAAAAACUGUUACUUAUAUAUACUAGGUCAUGCUUUAAAUAGAUAUUGCAAAUUAUUGAAGUCCAUAUUUAAUUAUAUAGAUGUUGAGUGUACGGCAUAUAUUGUACAUGUAUACAAGCUUUUAACGGCUUGUAAUAUAACUUAACAGAUCUGCGUGUGAUUUAGUGACGAGACUUUAUUACUAUUCCAGACACGUAGUUCUGGGAUAUCUUUAUAAAUUGGGGGUAAUUUAAAGUCUCCAGAAAUGUUUUGCGGUGGGUUGGGUGGGGGGAGGAGGGGGGUGUCGGGGAAGGGUGUUUGAAUGUAACCAGGACAUUUGUGAAAUGUGAUCACUUAUUCUAGAACGUUUUAUGUUUUUUGAUAUGUGAUGUAGUUAACACGUGUAAUGAUAUGUAUAAAUGUGUUUGUUGUAUGUCUGAUGUGUAAUGUUCACACGUGUUUGACAGAAAAAGUCAACACAGUUUGAAAGCAAGACUGAUAUAUUCCUGUGAUAUUUAUAAUAGAAUGAAUGGUAAAACGAAAUAAAAAAGAAGUAUGUGUAAAGAAUUUUAUGAAUAUAACCAAGUCAUUGUACAUAAGCUAGCUUACAGAACGUUGGUUGCUAUAUUUGGGUGCCAGUUCAUGCCUGAAAUAAUGCAGGGAUGGGCACACACAAGUUUUUCCUCUACCAGUAAAGCUGAAAAGCUGUCAAGUGACCAACAGUGGUAGUCUGACCUAUACCAAAAUAUGAUUGAACAAAAAAGAAGAUAAUUAUGGAAUUUGAUCAUUAGAGAUUAGUCUGUGUAUUAAAUUUGUGUUGAAUCCGAUGCCUUUUAUCUCGCUUAUUUAGAUAUAUAUAUAAACUGAAUCUCUGCGCUGAAGGAGCUUUCAAAUUGUUUGACUUUUAUGUGAAACAUUCGCCUGUUGCAUUUAUUGACACUUAUUUUACAUCCGUCCAUAUUACAAAAUAUUGAUAUUCAGAUUGACCAGAAUGAAAGGUUUGUGUUAUAAAAAAGAUGUUUUAUUUGAUUUCUGAAAGUUUGUCCAAGCUCAUCACUAUGUAUGAUCAUAUGUUGUCAUUUUGACGUGAAUUACCCAUGUGCAAUAUAUAGAUAUUUAUAUAUUUAUUUAAAUGAACAAAGUCUCGACUCAAGGCAUUAGAUUUUGUGUUUUUACCAGUAUUCAUAUGUUUUUAUGUUCAUUUUGUUUCUAAUUUAAAGUUUUAAACGUUUGCUGGCCGUAUUCAAAAUUUGUAAAAGAAGAAGUUUGCUCAGUAGUUUUACCUUAUUUAGGGAAGCACACGAGUCUGGCAUAUUUGACAACUCUGUGACUGUUUGAACCAAAGACUUACUUAUGUCUUUCAGUGAAAGCGUAUAAACUUGCAGCAUAUAAAAUAAAAUAAUUUUCUGCCAUAAUUCGCCAGCACUUAAUUUGUUAAGGCAGCAUAAAUAAACAAAAGUCUGUGAUACAUUUUAGUUAAUUGCUUCAAGAUAUAGACAUGAAUAUUUUGUUAAACUGCCUUGUUAGUCUAGUUGAAAACAAAACACCAUUUUAUUGAAUCGACCAAGUAUGUUUUUAUUUAUUCUUAAAUGAAAUAAUGAGUUUAUUGAUUAUUAAUAUAUAUUUUUUUUGUAACAAACAGCACUUGUGGGUAUUCUACUCAAGUGUCCAUAUUUUCAUAUAUAUGUGUAACCCCCAUAUUAAAAAAAAACCCAAAACAAACCCAUUAUGGCCUAAGUCCUACAAUGGUUGUGUAAAUUAAAUCUUGCCUUUUACAAAAAAAGUGUAAAAAUUAUUUAAUAUUUAUAUAAAGUUCUUGUGUUUUUCCUCUUUUUUUUUUUUCAAAGAGUAUAUUUGAGCCACGUCAUGACAAAACCAACAUAGUGCGUUUGCGAUCAGCAUGGAUCCAGACCAGCCUGCGCCUCUGGGCAGUCUGAUCAUGAUCCAUGCUGUUCGCUAUCAGUUUCUCUAUUUGUUAUAGGGUUUGUAAGCGAACAGCAUGGACCCUGAUCAGACUGCGUGGAUGCGCAGGCUGGUCUGGAUCCAUGCUGGUCGCAAAUGCACAAUGUUGGUUUUGUCAUGGCGUGGCUUUAUGAUCAUAUAUAAUCGAGUCAAAGAAUAUACCUCAGAUGGACACAAAUGUAAAAUAUGUUCAGUAUUUGCUCCAGUGUGUGAUAAUUACCAUCUAUGGCAUUCACUUACAUGUUUAUUACUGGAGUAAUAAGUGCAAUAUUCAUUUAUUUUGUUCGGAGUUAACAUGAACUUUACAUUGUCAGUAUAAUGAACAAUGUAUUAGUUAUUCUCAGUAAUUUGACUAUGCUCUGAAUAAAUGUUGCACUUUUUGCUCCAGAAGAAUUGCAUAUAAAUGUCUACAAAAAAAGAAAAUUGCUGUGUUUAGCUAGGUUCAGUUUGUGUAUCAAUGUAAUUGUACAUUAUUACAUUAUUUUAUUUUUUCCAGACAUUUGGAAAAGUUGACUCUUGUGCAAUACAUGACAUAUCCUAUUGUAUUGCACAGAAACAUAACCAUGAACUUUUGUUUAAAGUCUCGUUUCUUUCAUGCCAUGUCACUCUUAAAAAGUCGUCAGUAGGACGUUAAAAAUCUGUAGAACUUACACAGAUUGUUUUACGUAAAAUAUACACAUCUCCGAGAUAUUCUGUUGUUGUGCCAAAGAAUUUAUAGGAAAUAUAAUUGUUAGAUAUUGUGUAUAAGUCAUUGAUGGCAAUUGACUUCUUUUUCCUACUUAAUUUUUGAAGUAGUUUUUAUGCAAGGUUAAAAAUAUAGUAAUUUUACCGAAAAUUUGAAAACCAGCAUGUAUAAUUUUGAAACAAAGAUCUUGACCUGAAAUUAGCGAGAGUUUAACCAAAAAACUUUGUUUUUGCCAUUAAAAAAUCUAAGACUGUAUCUAUCUUAGUACAUCAUUAAAUAUUGAAUUACUUAAAAGAUGUUAUUACUUUACAGUAGCUGAAUUUCCUACGAAAGGGUAGUUAAGAAAUCUCAAAGAGAAAAAGGGAGGGGAAUAGGUGCUUAACUGGGAAAUACAGCUAGAGUAAGGUAAUUGGUAAAUAAUUCUAAAUUGUUGAUUAUUGUUUGUACGGUAUAUAUCUUGUUUUCUUUAUAUAACAUUAUGUAAUUUAUUAUUAUUAUUUUUUUUUUUGCGUCUUAUAUGUCCACCUUAAAGCUAACUCUGUAUGCACUUAAGAUAUUUGUGAUUAUACUGUUGACGGAUCUGAGAGAAACGUUAGCUCUGUCGAGAAAGAAUGCUACAUGACUUUCGGAAAUUUUCAAAAAAAAAAAAUUUUUUGCCGAUUUUGUUGUAAUAGAAAAAAGGAAAACUAGUAAUGCAAAUUAAGAUUGUUUUUAAAAAACACAAGCAACAUUUAUAGAGGUGAUACUCUUGUUUAUCAGAAUGGAGAAUUAAUAUUGAUUGGAAAAGCCCUUCUUUCUUAUAAGCCUAUUUAGGACUGAACUGUUGAUUUCGUUGUCAACAUUCAGUCCUAUUUUGUCCAAAAUAGGUUGGAAAGAGGGGAGUUUUCUCUUCAAUAAUGUUGCUAUUUUUACGAUGAUGUAAAAAAAAAAAAAAAGAAAUAUGCAAGGAAAAUGAGCAUAUGUGUGAACAAGUAUUUUAUAGAUGUGUCAUCUGUUACAAUAUAAUGACAUAUUUCUUUAGUCAAUAAAUGGCUAUAAAUAUA